AUGGAUAUGGCAUAUCGAAAUGCUGUUUUUUUACAUAUCAAUGAACAAUUAGAAAAUGUUUAUCAUUAUAAUGAUAGACCACGUUUUCACAUAAGGGAUGAUCCAUUUCAAUUAUCUGAAAGGCAAUUUAUAAAUAUUUUUCGAUUGAAAAAAGAAACAACAAUCAGGUUUAUUGAUAUUGUAGAAAAUUAUAUAGAACCAUUACGACCUACUGCUUUGGACGCAACUUUACAAGUUUUAGCAGCAUUACGCUUUUUUGCAUCAGGAAGCUAUCAGAAUUGCAUAGGACAUAAUAUUCAUACAGCAAUUAAUAUUCAUACAU